CGCGGCGGCAUGAACAUUUCCAAUCCUAACUUCUGGACAAUUGUGAGCGGAGUUAGACGGGAUUGAACAUUAAGAACUCAACUCUCAUACCCUCACAAAAUUUUUUCCGGUGGGAAAAUCGCAACGCUAUUUGGCUUCUUCUCUCCCUGACUUCCUCCAAUACCUACGCAGAACUACACAGACGAUCUUCUUAACUUUUCGGUGGGAAAGAGAGGAAAUUUGUUGCUCGUGAAGAUAGACACUUCUUUUUUAGCAGAAUGUGCAAUGAUGUUUGGCAAUAACCGCAGCCACUGUAUAUUUGUUACAGUGAGACGCUACUCCAGGAUUCGCCCUCCACGUCCUGUCACUGUUGAGCCUGUAAUCAGAGUGUCCAACAACAUUGCUCGCCUUGAUGCGCCAAAAGAAGGUCCGAAACCCAGGCAGCUUCUCUCAUUGCCUCCUUUCCCUCCCCACCCUUUGCCUGGCAAGAACUCAAUCGCUGCUUCGGGAGAGGCUGGUCAUAUCACUGCUAUCAGUUGGAUGAAGUAUUACUUCAAGGGGAUGUGGAAUUCUGUUAUUGAGUCCCAUUUUAGGGAUGGCCUUGUCAAGAUGGAACACCCAAUUUCUGAGAACUCUUUUACUCAAAAUGAAGGGCAGAAGUCUUUGAGAAAGAUUAAACAUAAUGAAGUGAUGAAGCCUGGGGCAAGAAUUCAUGUCCCUGUAUCAGUUGCUGAGACUAGGAUUUCUAAAAGAUAUGACACAAUACCUAGUGGAACUCUAUAUCCAAAUGCUGAUGAAAUUAGGUAUCUGCAGAGGCUUGUGAUUUACAAGGAUCCUGCCAUAAUUGUACUAAAUAAACCUCCAAAAUUGCCUGUUAAGGGAAAUCUGCCAAUUCAUAAUAGCAUGGAUGCAUUGGCGGCUGCAGCACUUUCCUAUGACUAUGAUGAGGGUCCUAAGCUGGUUCACCGUCUUGAUAGAGACACCAGUGGCAUCCAUUUGCUAGGAAGAACAAAAGAUAGCAUAGAACACCUUCAGUGGUUUUUCAGUAACAUAAACCAGGCAAAAUCUUCUUUUAAGGCUUGGAAUGAUGCAUGUGAAGCUACAUAUCAGAGAUACUGGGCAUUGGUCAUUGGUACUCCUACAGAGAGAGAAGGCUUAAUUUGCGCCCCUCUUUCAAAGGUUCUUCUAGAUGACGGGAAGACAGAAAGAGUAGUACUUGCCCACCAGUCUGGUAUGGAACCUCACCAGGAAGCUCUAACUGAGUAUCGUGUUCUUGGUCCGAAGAUAAAUGGUUGCUCCUGGAUUGAGCUACGUCCACUCACUUACCGGAAACAUCAGUUGCGAGUUCAUUGUGCUGAAGCUCUUGGCACACCCAUAGUUGGUGACUACAAGUAUGGCUGGUUUGUGCACAACCAAUGGAAACAGAUGCCUCGGGUCGACAUGGAGCCGACAACUGGACAGCCAUACAAGUUGAGGAGGCCAGAAGGCCUGGAGGUUCAAAAAGGAAGUGUCUUGUCUAAGGUUCCCCUGUUGCAUCUUCACUGCAGAGAAAUGGUACUCCCUAACAUUUCUAAGUUUUUGCGUGUUUUGAAUAGAAGAUCAGAAGAAUUGAGACCUUCAGAUAGCAUGAAUCCUGAUGUUCUUCGGUUUGUAGCAACAAUGCCCUCACAUAUGAGGAUCAGUUGGAAUGUAAUGUCAUCUUAUUUGGUUUGAGGACUAGUUCCUUGCCAAAUGCUAUUCAUUAAUCUAUGACAUGUGUGUCACCUUGAAUAUCAAUUUAGGUGGGUGACGUUGUGCUUUGAUGUGAAAAUCUAGAUUAUCAUGAUUCUGUUGUACCUUAUUAAAAAAAGAAAAUAGGGAAAUUACAUCAGUCCCAAGCAAGAGAAUUUAUCAUCGUCAGGUCCCAUGAAAUCAAGUAAGUUUUUAAGUCCCAAGGGAUUUGGCUGUGAUUAAAUUUAUAUGUACAAUUACCUAUUUGACCUUAUUCAUUGAAAA